CACAUCUACUUUUAUUCUUUGAAACUUUUACUCUUGUUUCCUAUUUUUGAUCAAUCAUCAAAAAGAUGCCGAUUCUAAAAGGGUUCGAACACCUUAGAAUGAAACUAGAUGCUAUAAAAAAAGCAACUAACGAAUUUGCAAUAGAUAAUCACAUCGGCGGAGGAGGAUUUGGACCGGUGUUCAAGGGAGAACUCAUUUCGGACGAGACGACGACAAAGACAGUGGCUGUAAAAUGUUUAAAUCGCAAGUUUGGCCAAGGAGAUCCUGAGUUUUUGAAGGAGAUCAUUAUGCUUUCAGCUUAUAAGCAUGAAAAUAUUAUCUCCCUCUUAGGCUAUUGUGAAGAGAAAGAUGAGAAGAUCCUAGUCUACGAAUAUGCAUCUAAGAAAAGUCUCGACAAACAUCUUACCAGCCACGAGUUAACGUGGGUCAAAUGCCUUAAAAUAUGCAUCGGAGCAGCUCGUGGAGUGGCAUAUAUUCAUAAUCCUGCUGGGGGUCAUCAAAGACUACUGCAUCGCGAUAUCAAGAGUUCCAACAUUUUAAUAGAUGAAAAUUGGAAUGCCAAGAUCACAGAUUUUGGUUUAGCCAAAAUCGCUCCAGCCAACCAGCAAAACUCUUUUAUUAUCACCAAUAAUAAUAAUGUUGUAGGUACAGUAGGGUAUACUGAUCCUCAAUAUAUGGAGAGGGGAAUACUAACAAAGGAAUCCGAUAUUUACUCGUUUGGUGUUGUUUUGUUUGAGGUUUUGUGCGGGAGGGUAUGUAUUAUUAACAUUAAUGAUACAUCUACUCCAUUUUUGACUCAUAUAGUAAGAUACCAUCAUAGACGAAAGAAGCUAAAGGAACUUGUUUGUCGUAACAUAAAGGAUGAUAUACAUCCCAGUUCUUACAAGAUCUUUUCAGAAAUUGCCUAUCAAUGUUUGCACUGAGAGUACAAUUUACGUCCAUCUAUAGAGCAGAUCGUGCGAGAACUUGAAACAAGCCUUGAAUAUCAAUCAGUCGCAGACACAAAUUCGUCCUUAGUGAAAGAGUUUGGACACCUCAGAAUUGGACUUGAUAUCAUAAAGCAUGCCACAAACAACUUUGGUGAUGACCACUUCAUUGUUGAAAGUGGAUCUGCAGGGAAGGUAUACAGAGGAGAAUUCAAACACUCUAAGGGACAAGUCAUGUGUGCUGUAAAGCGAUUGGAUUGUACCAUGGCCGAUACAGAUCUUUUGUUUUGGAGAGAGAUCAUGUUGCUCACAAGCUAUAAACAUCAAAAUAUUGUCUCUCUUAGAGGAUUUUGUGACGAGAGUAAGGAAAAGAUCAUUGUGUACGACUAUGCAUGUAACACCCAAAGUUUUGAAAGCCAAGAAAGGAAAGAAAACCCUAACUUUAAGGGGGACUCGGCGAGUCCAAGGAAGAACUCGGCGAGUCCAAGCGGGAUCCGGGUCGAGGAGUAAGUGACCGACUCGACGAGUCGGCCAAGGAGACUCGGCGAGUCAGGUCUGUUCGAGGAAAACCCUAAAUUCGGGACUUGGGGCCUAUUUAAGCGCCUCUUUCUCUCCCUUAGGGUUCCUUUACAGCCCCUCUAACCCAGAACACCAAACCCUAGCCGUCAUAUCCAUUUUUGAGCUAAUUAUUGUCUUGAGGAGUGCAUUAAAGCUUGGAGAAGGAAGAAGGAUCUUGAAGGAGCAAGGAGGGGCUAUAGAUCUGAGAUUGGGAAGAUAUUUCUGAACAUCUGAAGGUAUUAAGUCGUUUCCCUUCCUUUAGAUCUAUUUUGGUUGUGAGUUUUGGGGCUUUUAGCCAUGAGUAGUGAUCCAUGUGAGUUAGAAGCCGGAUCUGGAGUUGCUACUUUAAAUCUAAGUGUAUUUUGGUCUUGGAAAGCAUAAAGUUUCAGCCCUUGAGUUGAUUAUGGAGCCUCUUUGCCUUAAACCCUAUUUUGUGGUGUAUUUUGCCUAGAUCUCCUUCUCUACACGUAAAGUUUGCAACUUUACGUGGGGAAUA